UCAUCCCUCGACAAGGACGGUAACCCUGUUCUACGUCGCCAGAGGCUAUAUGUACCUUACAAGCUCACUGUGUCAAAGUGGUCCAUGGGCAUUCCGGUGAAGCAAGGUAUACACGUUGCUCGCUCAAUCUGAAGCAUACUUAUGGCUUUCUUAGCAGACUAUGCCGCCAGACGAUUUUGGAAAGCUUACGGAUUCUACGUUGCGCUUCGCUGCACUUACCACUUUCGCUAGAUUAGGCCGACUCAGGCUGCGACUCAACUGACACUAGUCCUUUCGUUGACCUGCAUUUAAGGAAGUAGUCGAUAGGUAUCACGGCGAACGCCCUCUCUCCCGCCAGUUCCCUCCAGUCGACGAAGCAUGCAAGGUUCAGGAACAGGAGCGGAAGGUCCCCCGGGAGAACGCGGAGGAGGGGGCGCGGGAAGGGCAGGGCGUGGCGGAGGGUGGGGCAGAGGGGGAGAGGGCAUGUCUAAGCGGAAGAAGCGACUGGUGGACCUCACGCCUGAGGAGAUCAACGAAAUAGUGGCGCUGAGAGGGAAGCUGCCACAAGCGGUAGUGGGGAAGCGCUUUGGGAUCGAGCAGACGGACGUGAGUCAGAUCCAGCGGCUGCAGAAGGGCAAACUUAUGCGACCUGACGAUAAGCCGAGGGCUCGGGACGUGGAGGUGGUGCUGCCAAUUGUGUUUGGCAGCUGCGCCUUUUGGCUGGGGAAGAAGGCAGACGAGAACGCCACGCACAAGUGGACGGUGUAUGUGCGGGCGGCUGACAAUGGAGACCUGGGUAGCGUGGUGAAGAAGGUGGUAUUUCAGCUGCAUCCGAGCUUCUCCAAUCCGACCCGCAUUGUGGAGCGGCCGCCCUUCGUGUUAUCAGAGAGCGGGUGGGGAGAGUUUGAGAUCGCCAUGACCAUUGUGUUCCACGCCGAUGCUUCCGAGAUGCCAGCUGAACUCACCCAUCACCUUCGCCUGUACCCGGAAGGCGGCCCUCCAAACCAGCCACUCAGCACCAAGCGGCCCGUUGUGGCUGAGAGAUACGACGAGCUCGUCUUCUGUGAGCCACAGAUCUCGUUCUUCCAUCGCAUCCGGUCCAAUCCCAUGGUUCGCAUUCACGGCAGUGAAGAAGCCAUCACUGCUGCUGGCAACCACGCCGCUGCCCCUCAAGAUGGCUCCAGUUCGACACUGGUGGAUGCACGCAGCUUGGAGUCGGAGUUACGAGGGGAGAAUCGUGGGGACACUCUGGACCAUCCCUUGUCGCAGUGGUUUCUGCAGUUUUCAGACGAACAAGAGCUGACUGCCAUAGCUGCUGCAAGGAAGCAGGUUGCCACACUGACAGCCAAGUUGGAAGCAGAAUACGCUGCUCUAGAAUCUGAGUGCCAAGAACUAAAGCAAGGAUCUACACAACCAGGUUGAACUGAUGAAUCGCGUUCACACUUCAUGUUGAAUGCAGGUUUUGAUUUGCUUCUGCACUGGAAAAUGUACCUACUGGUAUCUACAUUGCAAGCAAGUUGUAUAA